AUGCUGAGCGAGGGGGACACGAUAUACGCGCUGAGCUCGGGCAGGGACGUGAGCGCGAUAGCGGUGGUGCGCAUGUCGGGCCCCCUGAGCAGGAUCGUGCUGGAGGUGCUGUUGCAUGGGGGGGGAAGUCAGAGAGGCGGCGAGGGGAGCAGUCAGAUAGGCGGCGAGGGGGGCAGUCAGAAAGGCGGCGGGGGGAGCAGUCAGAUAGGCGGCAAGAGAAACAGUCAUAGAGCUGGCGAGGCAAAUGGGGAGCGCCCCCCGGAGGAAGCACCCCCCCCGGAGAGCCGCGCGAGGAAGAAAAAAAAAACACAGUACAGCCUAGACGAAGUAAUAAAGCUAAAGAAACAGCUAGAAGAAAGGAAGGUCUACUACGGAGAGAUAUACAACAACUGCCACGAACCGAUCGAUCAGGUCAUUUACACCUUUUUUAAAAGUCCCAAAUCGUACACAGGAGAAGACGUGGUUGAAAUUUAUUGUCAUGGAUCUCCUCUAAUUGUGAAUGAAAUUAUGGAAGAAAUCGAAAAAUUGAACGCCCUUUUUAGUAACUUAUUGAAAUCUGAAAAGGAAAAAUUUUACAGCCAAAAUGAUAAAAUGGAAAAUUUCACCUGCACAUGUUCAGAAGAAAUUUGGAAUAAAUUAUUAACCCCAAGAAAUGAUAUAUUUUUUAACAAAAUAAGGAUGAGUCAGAAAGGGGAAUUCACAAGGAGAUCCUUCCAAAAUGAGAGAAUGAAUUUACUCCAGGUGGAAGGAUUAAAGGAGUUACUUUGGUGUAAAAAUAAGGAACAAAAAAAAGUUGCAUUAAAUUACUUAAAUGGACAGGCAAGGAAUGUCUACCUGAUUUUACGAAAUAACAUGAAAAGGCUUCUUCUCUACACACAAGUAAAAAUAGAUUUAGAAGAUGAACACCUAUCCUUUGAUGAGGAGAGAAAGAAUAUCAAUAGAUGUAUGAAGCAGCAUUUGAAUGAGGCAAUUGUAAGCAUUAAAAAAAUAUUGAUGAAACCAAAUGUAGAAGACUUAAGUAACCCCUUUGAU